AUGGCCGCGUCCGUCCUCGCGCUCGCCGUGGCGCUCCUCCUCGGCGCCAGCUCCCGGGUCGACCACGGCGCGGCCGCCGCCCCCGUGUCGGAAGAGGGGCUCCAGGUGACCUACGGGAGCACGGUGAAGCUGAUGCACGAGAAGACCAAGGUGAGGCUUCACUCGCACGACGUGGCCUAUGGCUCCGGCAGCGGCCAGCAGUCCGUCACCGGUUUCCCCGAGAUCGACGACUCCAAUAGCUACUGGGUCGUGAGACCUACUCUUGAUUCAUCUGCCAAACAAGGUGAUGCUAUUGAAACUGGUAGCAUCAUCAGGUUGCAACAUAUGAGGACACGAAGAUGGUUACAUAGCCACCUGCAUGCUUCACCAUUAUCUGGUAACCUAGAGGUUAGCUGUUUUGGUGGGGAUGGACAAUCAGAUACCGGUGACUAUUGGAGGUGUGAUUGCUUACAGCUAGAAAUUGAGGGAAAGGACAAGGUAUGGAAGCGAGAUCAGAAGGUAAGAUUGCGUCAUGUUGAUACGGGAGGUUAUCUGCACAGUCACAACAAGAAGUAUAACAGGCUUGGUGGUGGGCAGCAAGAGGUCUGUGGUGUUCGAGACAAGCGAGCUGAGAAUAUUUGGUCGACAGCGGAGGGCGUUUAUCUCCCAGUCGAUGAAAGCAAGUGA